UGUAUUCCGAAAAUGUGCGUCAUAAUCACCAAUGGCAUUGUGGAUUUCCUUUCGAAAAUCAAUCAAUCAAUGAAAGUGGUGAGCUGUCUUGUGUGUGUGUGUGUGUGUGUGUGUUAUUGCCCCGACUAACCACUCUUUCCGUUGGUCAGUCCGCAUCUCAAAAUCUAUAAAAGGCAAUGGUCAUGGCUACAUUUUGUUUUGGACAUAAUUUUUUGUUGUUCAAGUUGACGAGAUAUAUCAUUUUUACAUUUGUUAUGUUAACAUUAAUGUUAUCCUCGGCUAUCAUUGUAGCCGUGCUCAGGAUAGAUGCAGCAACAUAUGAUUGUGAUCACAAAAAAGCUGAUCAAUGUUCAUUGAAUCUGAUGCCGAUAACUAAUUCGGAAAUUAUUCGACGUCCGCCUAAAACGAUUGCCCAGUUUAAUGUUUAUUGUGGUAAGAUUCGCCGAUAUGAACGAUGUACCAGGAAAUUUGCUGAAAAUUGUUUGCAAAAAGAAUCGAAACAAACGUUAUCCAUUCUUAUGUACGGCAUUAGUCGUGUGAAUAAACGUUAUUGUACGAAAGAAGCGAGAAAAAAAGCACUUAUCGAUCUUAUCCAAUGUUCUGGUCCAAUAAAUUUUCGUUAUUAUGGAGAUCUACUUAGAAAUGCAUCAGCAGACUUGCAUGCAAUUCGUGAAUAUCCGGAUGCUAAACUUCGUAUUCCGAUGGCUUGUUGCCUUUAUAGUCAAUAUACGACUCAAACAUUGGAACACGUUGAGAAAACCUGUCCAAAAUAUCGGCAAGAAGUUGAUUCCAUAAUACGAGGCUACAGUGGGGAUUCAUUCAAUUUUUUAUGUGGUGAUUAUGCAGAUGAAUCUGAUAAAUGUGAUCCGAUCAUCGAAAAGACACCCAAAUGGGAUGGAGCAGUGAAAUGGAAAAGUAUGAUCAUACCCAUGGUUCAAGUGAUUGAUAGUCUCCAUUAAGUGCAAGUAAAUUGUCAAUCACUCACCAAGUUUUUUCUUGUUAUCUGAUCAUCUAAAUCAUUCAAUCAUGUACAAUUUUGUUACAAGUAAUGAUUAACAAUUCAUUCAUUGAUAAACUUUUUAUUUGUUACCAAUAUGGCCCUACGGUUGAAUACCACUGUGAAUGAAUGUGAAAUGAUGUGAUCCACUCUCUCUGGCAUAUUGAAUAUCAUUGGUUAACUGACUCAAUUUUGCUUUGUAAUCCGAUGCACAAUGAUGUUGGAUAAGAAUCGAAUUUGAAAAUAAAACAAUGGAUUCUCUCGACACGGAAUGACAGACAGACAGACAGACAGACAGAAAGAAAGAAAAAAGAAAAAUCAACAUUCCUAGAUUAGGCAACCAGAUACGCAAAAAGAUGAUGUGGGCGAUGAUAGGUUUUCAAUUUGUCUUGAGCUCAUAUAUUCUAUGUGUGUGUGUGUGUGUGUGUGUAUGCGUGAGUUAAGAUUCUAUUUUUAAUUUUAUUUUCAAAAAUGAAAAUAAAUAUCAUAACCAUUUUUAAGAGUUCGAGUAGGGGCGGAUCGA